AUGGAAGAGUGGGGUAACACAACCACUGUGACUGAGUUUGUGCUCGUGGGCUUCUCCAGACAACCCUACGUACGGGCUGCCUUGUUUGUCUUCUUCUUGAUCAUGUAUGCCGUGACCAUCACUGGGAAUGGACUCAUUAUGCUGUUGAUCGUGGUGGAUUCUCACCUCCACACACCCAUGUAUUUCUUCCUCAGCAACCUCUCCUUCAUCGACAUGGGCUAUGUCACUACCUCCGUGCCUCAGAUUCUGGCACACUGCUUCAAAGACAAGGCUGUUAUACCUUUUGGUCGAUGUUUUGCCCAGAUGAGCAUCAGUCUUUUCCUGGGAGUGGCUGAGUGCCUUUUACUUGCUGUCAUGGCUUAUGACCGUUUUGUAGCCAUAUGUAGCCCUCUACACUAUACCGUGAUCAUGAGCCGGAAGGUGUGUGUCAUACUAGCGGUCAGCCUUUGGAUCAGCUCUUUCCUCUUGACCAUUAUACCUUGUUUUAGCAUGCCAAUCUACUUCUGUGGCCACAAUGUGGUGAAUCAUUUCACAUGUGAGGUCCAAGCAGUGUUGAAAUUGGCUUGUUCUGACACCAGCGCCAACGGGCUCAGCAUGCUCAUAACAAGCGUGUUCACCCUUCUGUUCCCCUUUGCUUUCAUCCUGCUGACAUACGGACGCAUUGGUUUGGCUGUCCUGCGUAUCCGAUCAGCCCAAGGACGGGGGAAAGCUUUAUCAACCUGCGGCUCUCAUCUAGCUGUGGUGGGUAUUUUCUAUGGCACUGCCAUGACUGAAUAUGUGAGACCUCAGGCCAAGACCUUCACAGAUAAGGAAAAAAUAGUGUCUGUCUUUUAUGGGAUCGUGACCCCAAUGCUCAAUCCUUUGAUCUACAGCCUGAGAAAUAGAGAUGUGAAGGAAGCCUUGGGGAGGUUGAUUGCAAGGAAAGUAGGGAAAUGA